GCUUUUAAAAAAUCAUUAUCAAUUUUUUUCUCUCCCAAUUAUUGAAAAUAAUUAGGUUUUCUCCUUCCUUCCCCAUAGACUGCUGCUUUGUGACAUGCGAGACAGACGAUUGACGACAUGUUAGGGUUCACGAAUUGUUGUUUUGUUGGGUUCUCUCUCGUUUAACCUGAGAAGAGUAUUUUGGUUGGAGUGCUGUCUAAGCAUUUGCCUUAACCGCAUUCCUUCUCCCACACCUCUCAUCCUCACCUUCAGUUGAAGCUUCUAAGAUUGCUGCUACAAUAUGGUCAAUGCCACUAAAGGCUUGUUCAUAUCAUGUGACAUCCCCAUGGCACAAUUCAUCAUCAACUUGAAUGCUUCACUGCCUGCCUCCCAGAAGUUCAUAAUACAUACAUUGGAUAGUACUCACCUGUUCGUGCAACCCCAUGUCGCUGAGAUGAUUAGAAGUGCAAUUUCAGAUUUCAGAGACCAGAAUUCCUAUGAGAAGCCUACAUGAUUUGAUAUUUUGUUUAAAAAAAAAAAAAUUAUGAGAUGUUUUAAUACUUACAUCUGAUUUGUAGAAUGAAAUAUGAUGAAGAUGGAACCUUCAUUCUCUAGGAACUCUAUAUAUAAAAGCAUAGAAACCCCUUUGAGCAACAAAAUGGUUUGCAAAUAUGUAAUGACUUUUUUUACCAUCAAACUUGUUUGUAAACGGUA